CAAGAACUUCAUUACAACCUUUUUUUUCUGCCGACACUUCCAUUUCCACGUGAUCUUCUUCCAACUUCGAUUCGUCCUUUUCUCUUCAUAUCAACCAAUGCCCCACACAUUGAUUCAUUCAUUCAUUUUCCUCACAAAAUGGACCAAAACUCAAUCCCAGAAGGCCUCACACCAGAAGAAUACUCACAACUCCAACUCUUAAUCAAUGCACACCACAUGUUCGACAAAAUGCCCAACACAUGCACGUCCCUCAUAACCCAACACAUCGACGCACCCGCACGCGUCGUUUGGCCACUCGUACGCAGCUUCGACAACCCACAACGCUACAAGCAUUUCAUCAAGAGUUGCAACAUGUCUGGGGACGGUGGAGUUGGCAGCAUACGCGAAGUGACAGUCAUGUCGGGUCUCCCAGCCUCUACUAGCACUGAGCGGCUUGAGGUUCUGGACGACGAGAAGCAUAUAUUGAGUUUUAGAGUUCUGGGUGGGGAGCAUAGGUUGAGUAACUAUCUUUCUGUUACGUCGGUUAAUGAGUUUAAGAAAGGCGAAAAGGUGUACACCGUUGUUUUGGAAUCGUAUAUUGUUGAUGUGCCUGUUGGGAACACGGUUGAGGAUACGAAGAUGUUUACGGAUACUGUUGUUAAAAUGAAUCUACAGAAGUUGGGUCUUGUCGCGUUGUCUUGUUUGCGCGGAAAUGAAUGAUACUGGUUGUCGUGGUGGUGAACUCGUGGUGGCAGUGGAUGGGUAACAUUAACAUCAAAUGUAUAAGAAAAUAAACUAAGAUUUUGAUGUGGGUGAAUGUUUAAUUAGUAGGGUUUUUUUUGUUGAAGAUGUGUGACUUAAAAUAAAUUGUUGCAUAUCUAUGGGAUUAAUGUAAUGAAUCUGGUAGUUGUAACCAAUGUAUUUGGAAAAUGAUAUGUUAUAAUGUUUGGAUUUUCAGA